AAGAGGCCCUUCUUCCCAGCCUGCCUUCCCAACAUCUUGGUAUCAUACGAUUCCAACCAAAAGACCAGACACAAAUCCCAGAAUAUCUCCUUUGGCUGUCUGCCACUGUGUCCGUACCAUCCAUCCGUUCCCACACGACCCUCCUGGUUCCCUUGAUCUUCGCGCCCAUUGCUUGAAGCUAUGCCCAGAUUCUUUCGCCUUUUUCUAUGCAGAGUGGAGAUUUGUCUAAUAUGCAUGGCUCUAGGGACCACACCAUGGCGAAAGUGAAAUAACGACAAAGAAAAUGUGUAUGCAGGAAGAUCACGCUUCGACUGCUUCGCAUAAAGGAAAAAAAAACCAACCAUUCCCUUGGCCCCCCGGAACCCAAUUAUCCCGUCCGCCCCGGGCCCUUCACGGAACCAGCCAACCGAAUUGUCCCUGGUCCCCCAAGCCAGCGUCUCAUUGGUCUGUGAACGCGGCUGUUUGGUUCGUUUUGAUCCAGGCCAAAACGCCAGACGCAGAGGGAAAAAAAGCAGACGCUCCCAGAUCCGACAAAGGAAAUCAAGAAAAUAAAAGGUAUAGAUAGACAGUAUGAUUGUCUGUUUUCGUCCAACCAUCACAUCUGUGUCCUUCGACACAACCAAUUCGGUGCUAUCUCGCCGACUGGGCAAGGUAAGGGGUAUCACACGAAUCUGUUAAACAGAUUGGCAGGU